AUGGAGACAACAAAGAGAGACAGGGACGCGACAGUAGAUCUCUUCUUGGAAUUCUCUGCAGAUAUUACCGCCAAGAACAGGAUGGGGAAUACGCCCCUGCAUCUUGCAUCGGCCUGUGGUGACCUGAGUACGGUGAAGAAGUUGUGUAUGGCAAAAGCUGACAUCAACUCUCGUUCCAACAAAGGGCGCACGCCUCUCUUCGUGGCGGCCGAGAACGGCGGCCGAGAAGUGAUAGCUUUCCUUCUCAACAACAAAGCAGACGCGUCCAUCCUAGCGGACGGCGACGAGGGGGUCUUGCAUGCUGCUGCUCGAUGCAAGCGAUGCCAUCCCCAUACGAUCCAGUGGCUGUUGGAUGCUGGUGCAGGCGUGCAUGCCCGCUCCGGCGACCUCAAGACCCCAUUGAUGUUGGCGUCGGAGAGCGUUCUAGACUGUCUGAUCGAGGAUCUGUACUCCAAGGUGUCUCCUUCUAGUGCUGCGCCAUGGCAAAUGUGA